UAAAACUACCAAAGUUCAUGAUACAAGCUGAGUCCCUCUCUCUCUCUAAAUGCCAGCAGGAGGCAUUACAACACGUAUAUGGAAAGCUUGAAAUAUUUCAUACUGGUUGCGCAAUGUCCCAAUUGGCGUUACUUCAUUUACAGCGUAUUUACGGAAGACAGUACGUGACCACCGCCAUUGUAGCCUAUGAGUCGUGGACUGUGAAGUUUACCCAAGAGCUUGUACCUGAUUUUAAGGUCUAACGUAGUUAUCUUUGCUGCCUAUUUUAACCUCUCUGUCGUGGCAGAAUACCAGUUACAAUCAUGGCUUCAAACAUUGAACCCGUCCAGUCUGUGCGGUGCCCAGCUUGCUUUGCCAAGGACCCCGUGGUAAGAAAACUUGACCCGUUGGAUACCCAGGAUUUGAGUAUUACUAGUUCAGGAAAGACGAUAUUAUUCAAAGACGCAACAAAGAUUUACCUUCAAGACCACUACCCAAACUUAUCUUGUACCACUUACCGCGUUCCUGCCGCGCUCUUUUACAACGAUGAUGGAAAUCUCGACUUGGCAACAGAUGAGGAACUAUUCAGCAAUCCAAAUCUCUUUGGUAAGGUUAAAAAGACAACUCCAGCUAAAGAGGUCGCACGUCGUUUCCAGAAAGACGCCGUGGAGAAGGUGGUCAAAUGUUUCCACGCGUGGGGCUGUGAGCAUGGGGGAGGCAUGAUGGUUCUCAGUGAGUAUGACAUGGGGAGAUAUCUAAAAGCUGUGAAAACAGGCAGUAAGAAAUGGGAAACAAUUGACGGCGAGCAUGACGUCAUGGUGAUUAACCUCAACCAUGGAGUUACAUUCGUUCAAGUCAAGAGUGUCAAAACAACCAGCACCGACAAAACCAUGUGGAGGCAGACACAAAGUGCCUUCAAACAAGUCACUAAAGAUGAGAAAGCCUUCCGCGAGAUGAAUGCUGACCUAGACUUCAUUUCAACGGUGCCCGUUGUUGGCUUUGUUGCACUGCCUAACCUGACACGCGAUCACUUAAGUAAAAUGGUAAUGUGUGACGCUCACAAAAGACAAGUGCUGACUAGUGAAGAUUUAGAGUCGCCAACAGAAUUUAAUGAGUCGGUCGGGAAACGGUUGCAGGCAGGAGAAAACCUUGGCUUAGAGAACUACAAGGAAUUGUGCGGGAGAUACGUUGGACUGGCGUCCAUUGUAAAGAUUCGAACUCUGCCAGACGCCAUCAAGUUAACCAGUGCGAAGGUUGGGAAAAUUCGGUUAACUCCUGAACAGAAUGAGAUAAUCAAAGUUGGCAAUCGAAAACAAGUUAUCUUCGGAGAUUACGGGACGGGAAAGUCUCUGGUCUUGGCUAAAAUGGCCGAGAAAAUAGCGAAAAGUGAAGAAGGACGUGGGAUCAUCUAUGUUGUAUCGUGUACAAGUAUAAAUCUGUCGAGUCGGUUUGAUGAGGAGACGACACACGCAGGUUGUGGCUUGCUGUGCUCUCCAAGUCUUCUCGUGUCACAAUACCGGAAAUUCUUCUCUGAGCCAAUGUCACCUUCCAUCAAGAUCAUGUCCUUAGCUGAUCUUUACUGCGACUGCUUUCCUAUUACUAUAUAUAAUUACCCGACUAGUAAUCGUAAUCCGUUCUAUCAAAGUUUCGAACCCAAAUUGUUGGCAGAGCUCACCCGUCGCGUCAUGUCAAAGCACCCAAAUGCUCAUAUCAUGUGGGACGAGGUCCCGUUUACCCUUGGUGGUUUAGACUGGAGCCACCUUGAAAGUAAAACUAAGUCUUGCAUAAAAAACUUUGUAUGGGUUAGCAUAGCAACAGAAUCAUACGCCGAAUUUUUUUUAUCUACGAAUUCCAAGAAUUUAGUUUUAAGUAGACUUCCACCAAGCUUUCAGGUGGCAUGUCUCACCAGUUGUAAGCGAAUGGCGCGGAAUAAUUUUCGGCUUUACACGGCCUUGAAGCCACCUUGCAAAAACAAGUUCUUCCUUUCGACAAGUGGGAACGCAGUUGAUGGGGGUGUUCCUCAGUGGUACCCUGUACAUAAUUGCUUCUGUGGAACCACCGACCCUUUGAAGUGCACAUGUAUUCAAACUCGUUUCACUCAUACACUGAAGCAUAUGUGGGAGCGUCUUCCGGAAAUCGACCCAUCAUCUGUUUCCUUUGUCUUGGGUGACUAUGGUGUCAAGACAAAUCGCUUCCUAAUGGAUGUUGUGAGCAAGGCGUGUAAAACAUUAGAAAUCCCCAGUACCUGCCCGAGUCCUGUGAGUCCUGUGCGUCCUGUGAGUCCUGUGAGUCCUGAGGGAAAAACAUUAUUAGUCUGGCGGGAUUUGGACCCACGACCCUUAAUGCAAGAGACGUCAGAGGUCGUCGCAUCAGGGUCUAAGUGUCGCAUUGUGGAUAUCGUCAGCUACAGAGGUUGCGAGAGUCCUGUUGUUAUUAUGGUCAUUGUGCGCAAGUUGCCACACGGUUGGAGGGAACGCCGUAUGAUGAUUUACGCACAGUCCAGCUUGUGUUCGAUGAUCUCCCGCGCUCUCGGCCAGAUCUUCAUUAUCACUUUGCCACAUUAUCUACUGUUCCCGCCGCCGAGGGAAAGUUUGUCAUAUACGAAUAAUAAUAAUAAAAAAAAUAAUAAGACAUUUGUAAAGCACGAUAAUAAUGAUGAGGAUCGCUGCUACCCAGACUUAGAAGACCUAGUAGAAAAGAAAUAUCUCGUAAAGUGCCCGCUACAGAAACUUCAUGCAGACACUCCCCCCACCAACGCAAGCUAGACGCAGACACAUUCAUCUAAAGGGACAUUAAUUUGUGACAUCUGGUUUCCGAUCGAUGAACAACCUAACCAGUCAGAGCUAACGCAAAAUAACACUUUAAAAUAAAUAGUUAAAAAAAUAAAACAACUGUCCCAACUUGUUUCUUGUCAGAUCAUCGUCCCUCUAUAAUAUCUUUGCUAUGUAAAAAUUAAGUUAAGCUAAAUUGUAAUAAGCUAAAUAAGUUUGUUUGUUCGGGUUUUCCCCCCAAAGGCGCUCCACAACAAGGCCUGGGGUGUGUGCCCACACAACAUUGCUUUUUGUUGUACCUUUUGUGUUUGUACAAAGUGGAAAUAAAUUGUUUGAGUUUAUUGAAGUCAUUAAAGUUACCUGGAAAUAUAAUUUUUUUCUUCAAACAUUAGAGUAUAAUUAUGUUAAUGAACAUUAAAACAAUAC